AUGGGAAUUAAUUGUUGCAAAAGUGAUACAUAUCGUACAGAGAUGGUUAGUGAAAUAAUAAAUUUUAAUUUUAACGAACCAAAAUAAGAAAUUCCACUUGAAUAGCGUGUGAUCAGAGAACUAAUGCUUGACACAAAAACAGUUUGUCAAUUAUAAAUAUGCUUGAAGAAAUUUUUGCUUGAGAAUGCAUUUAUAAUAAAAGAAUAGAAGAUUCAAGUAUAAGACAAGGGAAUAGUUUCUAGAUUCUCUGCACCACCAUUAUUAGAUUAAGUGUGGCAAAUAGCAAUUUUAUAUUCAAAAAAUUAUAUUACUAUAUGUAAAAAGCUUGUAGGUUAUAUAAUUGACAGAGAAUACAAUUAACGAAAUUUACAUUAGAAAAUUCUAAAAAAGAUGCUGCCUGAAUAUGAUGAUAAAAUGUAUUAAAUAGAAUUAGAAUUUAUAAUUUGGGUAAAUUCAUAUGAGUUGGAAUAAAUAAUGAUGGAUAUUCAUAAUUCUAUAAUUAGUCAAGAAACACUUACAUUUGAAUUUAUAUUAGAUUUAAUGAUGUAGAUGAAAAUAAAUUUAUGUAAGAAAGAAACAUAAAAGUUUUAAAAGAGAUAAAUUUGUGAUAAGAAUAUUGAGUUAGUAUUUAAGAAAAUAUAACAAUUUAUACCUCGUGAUUUAGAAUCGAUAAUGAUGCAUAAGUAUUGCUUAAGUUAGCAAUUAGCUAAAUAAUAUAUUUAUGAAUAUUGUCACUUUAUGACAAUGAUGAAAUUCUCUCAAAUUGUUUUAGUUCCAAGUCAAGAAGUUGAUUAAGUUUGGCACACUCAUUAAUGUAUGACAAAAUAAUAUCGAUAGUUUUGUAAUGCAAUCUAUGAAAAAUUUAUUUAUCAUAAUCCUGCUAAUUAAGGAAAUUAAAAUACUGUUUAGAAUUUUUAUUCACAAACUCUUAUGUUAUAUAAGAGCUUAUUUAAGUAUGAACCUGACUCUUAAAUAUGGCCAUGUAAAGAGGAAAGAUGGAAUCCUUAAAAUUGUUUGGGAUCAUGGGUUAAUUUAUACAGAUUAUCAAUGAGUAUUAUUUAGUUAGUUUAAGAAAAACUUGAACCAAUAUCUAAAAAUAUUCUAUAAAAAUAUUAGUCUUGGAAUGGAACUAAUGUUUUUAGGAAUUAAACUGAGAUUUAGAUGGGAAAAUCUAUAUCGAUGAUGACCCUGAAUCCUUAAUAAAAUACAAAUUACUAGGUUGGUUGUUACAGUUUAUAAGAAUUAGAAGAAGAUAAGUUUUCAUAAAAUUAGAGAGUAAAUGAGUAAUUUUUUGAUGAUGAUGUCAUCCUUUAAUUUAUUUAGUGA